ACACCCUUACUUUUAAACUUUAAAGUGAAUAUUGCAAGCCUGUAUUCACGUGAAGAGAAAAUUUAGUGGUCUGAACUUCCAAUAAACCAAAAGCUGAAGGACUUCUUUUCUUAGACAAAUAACAGAAUUACAAAGGAAGAAUACGAUGGUUCCCUGAUUGGUCGAACUGGCAAACUCAAUCCUUCUUCCUUGUCUUCUCCGGCUCUCAGUCGCUCUCCGGUAAUCUCCAUUGAUCACCUACAUCCGCACUCGCGAUAUUAACGUAAUCCGUACCAUUCCGGCUGCAUUAGACGAAGAAAUUGAAAGCUUUGAAAUUUUCAGAGGAAGAUGAUUCAGUUGUUGUUCACAGUGAUAUUCUCAGAGGCGGCAAUGAUCAUGGUGCUGGUGUUCAAGACCCCGUUUAGGAAGCUGGUUAUCAUGGGUCUGGAUCUCCUCAAGCGUGGUCGUGGCCCUGUUGUGGUGAAGACGGUGGCGGCAACGGUUUUUGUGGUGAUGAUGUCCAGCAUUUUCAGCAUGAUAAAGAUCCAGAAGCGUUGGAUCGAUGAUGGUGCGGCCAAUCCGACGGACCAGGUUCUCAUGGCCAAGCACCUUCUUGAAGCCACUCUUAUGGGGGCGUCCUUAUUCCUUGCAUUAAUGAUAGACCGGUUGCAUCAUUAUAUCAGAGAACUCCGGAUACGAAGGAAGAGCAUGGAGACUGUAAAGAAACAGGAUCGAGAUUUUGAGGAUGUUAAAGCUAGUGGUUCAGAGGAAAUUAAAGCCUUGGAGGAAGAAAUAAAAACUCUGCAGGCAAAAUCUAAGGAGUUGGAAUCUGAACUUGAGACGAAGUUGAAAGAGAGAAAUGCUGCGGAAGCCAGUGCAGUUGCUCUUAGGAAGCAAUCUGAAGGAUUCCUGCUUGAGUAUGACCGUUUGCUUGAGGAGAACCAAAUUUUACGCAGUCAGUUGCAAUCUCUGGACCAUAAAUUGUCACGUUCAUCUAGCAAAAAGAAUAUGUAAGGAACUAAGAACCUCUUGGACAAUGUUCUGAAGUUUCAGUCAUUUUCCAUGGUAUUUGUGCAGGAGUUCUAUGGUGUUUGAUGCUUGUUGGUUGUGUGGCUUUUCUGCCAUUCAUGCAAUGUUUUUGUAAGUGAGGUGAGGGGGGUGGGACUCCUGGGAAAAAGAAGAGGAAUGAGGAAGGCAGGGUUUCAUCUUAAAUGUUUGAGUCCUGUAGAACUUUAAGGGCUAAAGCAGAAUGGAAAUUUUUUGAGAUGAUAAACAGUAAAAGAUUAGAAGGGUU